UAUCAAUUCUUAAGCAUUUUUUUCCUGUUCUCUCCUAGAUAAAUUAGAGUCUCCUCAAAGAGACAUUGUCUUUUUGUUGGAUGGAUCACAUGACACCCAGAGUGCCUUUCCAGCAAUGAAAACCUUUGUCCAACAGGUUGUGGAAACACUCAAUGUUGGCCAAAACACAGACCGUGUUUCUGUGGUUCAGUACAGCCAAAACCCAGAAACAAAUUUUGCUCUCAACACCUACAUGACAAAACAAGAUGUUCUUGUUGCAGUCAAGAACUUGACUCACAAAGGAGGUGGGCCUCGUAAUACUGGUGCAGCCCUUGAUUACGUGAGGACUAACGCUUUCUCAGAGUUGUCGGGGAGCAGACACCAAAAAGGUGCACCCCAGAUUGUGCUUCUGCUCAGUGGGGGACGGUCUCAAGAUAAUGUUGCAACUGCAGCUGUAUCCUUAAAACAGAACAAGGUUGUUACAUUCUGUGUGGGUACAAGAACAGCAGACAUAAUUGAGCUUCAGAUGAUUGCACAUAAUCCCUCUUACGCUUUUUCUGUGCUGGCAUUUGAUGAUGUUGGAAGCAUUCAACAGCAACUUGUGUCAUUGGUAAAAAGGGUGCCACAACAGCAACAACAAGUAAAGCCAGAAGAAGUGCGAGGUUCCAUGGAGCAAAUAGUACCCACUCAGAGAGACAUUGUGUUUUUAUUGGAUUCUUCUGAUGAAAUGAGGAGCAAUUUUAAGACUGUAAUUGGAUUUGUUGAGAGAAUACUAGAGAAACUCAAUGUGGAAGAGAACAAAGAUCAAGUUUCAGUUGUUCAGUACAGCAAUGAGCCUACUGCUGAAUUCUUUCUGAAUACUCACAAAACAAAGCAGAGUGUUACUGACAAUGUUCAAGCUCUCAGACAUAAAGGAGGCAGACCCCUAAACACUGGAGCAGCCCUUAGUUACGUCAAAGAUGAGAUUUUUGCGUCUUCAUCUGGUAGUAGGCGCCAGCAGGGUGUUCCACAAAUUCUCAUUCUCCUUACUGGUGGACCAUCAAGAGAUGAGAUCAGAGAUGCUGUGGUAAAUUUGAAAGAUGUUGGUGUAAACACCUUUGUGGUGGGAAUCAAGAAUGCAGAUAUUCUUGAGAUGCAGUCUGUUUCACAGGAACCUACCAAAGCGUUCCUUGUAGCAGAUUCCAGCAGCCUGACAGACAUUGAGCAGAAAUUAAUUUUAGCCAUUGGAAAGAGUGAAAGCCCGGUGAAUACAUCCGGAUCACGUGAUUCCAAGAGAAGAGAUGUUGUUUUUUUGCUUGAUGGUUCAGAUGACUCCCAGCAAAGAUUCCCAGAUAUAACUGACUUUGUUGAAAGAAUUGUAAGGGACCUUGACAUUGAUGUAAAUGGAGACCAUGUGGCUGUGGCUCAGUACAGCAACUCAGCAGAGAUCAAUUUUAAUUUGAAUCGUUACGUAACAGAGAAGGAUGUUCUUGAAGCAGUUCAAAGUCUGAGUCACAAAGGAGGAUAUCCCAACAAUAUCGGAGCAGCUCUCAAGUAUGUGCGUGAGCAUGCAUUUAGUCCAGAAUCUGGAAGUAGACUUAAAGAAGGAGUUCCACAAAUACUAAUAUUACUCAGUGGGGAUCGAUCUAGGGAUGAUAUAAGAACCCCAGUGAAAAUGAUAAAAGAAACUGGAAUUAUGGUGAUUUCUAUUGGAACAACAGAUGCCGAUACACUUGAAUUACAGACAAUAUCCAAAGAACCAAAGUAUGCACUCUCUGUUACUGACUAUGAAGAACUCACUACUGUUCUGCAGGAUGUGCUAUCACUGUUAAAAGAAACCUCUAACCCUAUUGUUCAAAUGGGAAAUACAACAAGGUUUGGUAAGUUUUGCUACUUUACAUGUUUACACAUGCUUGUUUGAGUCAAAGUGAAGGAAACAUU